AUGGGCGAACAACUGCUUCCCAAGCACUCAUCUGGCAUCAAUGGGUCUCUUCGAGAGACCCAUUCUCUCCGAGACUCUCUGGUGGCCAUUGAAACACUUCAGAGUGGUGCGAGCAAUCCUGUAGAGCCGGAACCGAAGCGCAUAGAGGAAGCUCGCGAGCUUUUCAGGCUAAUCUUACCGGUGAUGGGAACCACGAUGCUCGAGUUCCUUCCUGGCUUCGUUUCCAUCUUGUUGGCUGGUAACAUAGGAGGAGCAAACUCGCAGCAUUACGUUGACGCAGCGGCAAUUUCCGUCAUGCUUUUGAACGUCACAGCACAAUCACUUGGACUGGGUCUUGCAUCCGCGCUAGAUACGCUUUGCUCUCAAGCCUAUGGCGCCAAACGGAUCGACAAGAUCGGAAUCUACUUCCAGACGGGGGUGGUGGUUCUCUCCAUCGCUCUCAUUCCCAUGCUCGUGGUCAACUCGUUCGCUGAACCUAUCCUCAAUUUGCUUGGUCAGCACACGAACGUCACAUACUUGACUCGCGACUUUUCUCGUCUGAUGCUUCCUGGACUGCCGUUCCUCUUCCUUUACGAGCUCGUGCGGAAGGUGAUGCAGUGUCAAAAUGUCGUCAAACCGCUAGUCGUCAUCGCAGUUAUCGGAAAUCUGGUCAACCUUGGUGCUGGUUAUGGACUUGCGUACCACACGUCGAUGGGAUUCAACGGUAUUGCUGUUGCUCGAUCGCUGGGCAAUAUCACACUCACGUUUCUGCUCGUACCGUACUUCAUGUGGCGGCCAAACCAACUUCGAGACUGGUGGGGCCACGGGUGGAAUAUCAAGGCCGCUAUGAACUAUGUGAACCUCUUCGUGCGAAUUGGUUGUCCGGGAAUGGUUAUGAUGGCUGUCGAAGUUUGGGCCUUCGAAAUCCUGGCAAUUCUCGCUGGUAAUCUACCAGACAGCGUCGUGGCCCUGUCAACGCAUGCUGUAUUAAUGAAUAUCACCGCCAUCGCCUAUACCGCCUUCAUGGGCGUCGCAGUUGCUGCCUGCAUUCGAGUGGGCAAUUGCUUGGGCGCUGAUCAACCAAAGAAGGCGAAGAUGGCUUGCUACUUGGCCCUAGCCAUCACCGUGGGGAUCUCCGCGGUGUUUGCAGUGCUUCUGUUCAGUCUUAACGACGCCAUUCCUCCCCUGUUUCUUAAUGAUGACGAGAGCAUUGAUCUAGCCUCCUACAUCAUGGUCUUCUGGUCGCCAUUCGUAAUCCCCGAUGGUCUCAACGCUGUCAUGCAAGGAGUCUUCAGAGGAGCUGGCAAGCAGAAACAGGCUGCCAUCACCAACGUGAUCGGGUACUAUGGCGUAGGUAUCCCGCUUGGAGCCAUCCUGGCGUUCACGGCUCACAUGGGUGUUGACGGUUUGUGGUGGGGAAUUGGCGUUGGCAUCGCAGCGACAUGGCUGUCGCUGACAUUUUUAAUGAUGACGUACUGGCGUUGGGACAAACUCGCAAUUGAAGCCCGUCAGCGUACCGCGCAGUAA